AUGGCACCCGCCAACGUUCACAGCCGCUCUCACAGCCUCCUGCUCCUGCAGAAGCUCCUCAGCUUGCGUGACGGUGCUAGCCCUCUGACUCUUAUCCUGGACAAUCUGGAACAAAAAGCUCGGCCUAUUCUUUCCGAGUUCAUCACUCGGGCUAAGAUAUCCAAAUCCAAGGUCAUAUUCCUGUCGUUUGAGACACUCAAGAAGCCGACAGAUGUAGACGUCUUUGUCAAGGCUGCAGGCCGAGACGUGAGAAAGGUCCAUGCCGAACUUAUGCUCCAUUACCCGCCUUUCGACCCGGCAACACCGCUUAGCAAGACGGCGCCGAGAGCCGUCGUCGUCAUUGACUCGCUCAACACGCUGGCGUCAUGGGCACCACAGUCGCUGUCGAUGUUCCUGACCAGCAUCAUCACGCCCGUCGUAUCCCUUGUGUCAGUGUAUCAUGAUGACGUCCCUGUCGUACUCCCAUACUCGUGGAAUGAGUACGAGCCUCAUCCCUUCACUGUACUAUGCCAUCUCGCCACGGCCGUCUUGCGCCUGUCGAACCUCGAGCAAGAGAUAGACCGUCAGCGGGCGAGGAAUAGGAGUCUCGUGGAACCGGAGUGGGGGCUAAAGGAAGAUCGUGAGGGUAUCCUGAUCGGACUGCGGCAGGCAGGAGAUAAGGAGGCUCGUGGCGUUGCAGUAAUAGAGAUGGAGCUGCGGCGGAGGAGCGGCAGGGCAGUCUCGGAGAGAUUCAUUCUCUACGCUACUGCAGGUAUCACUCACACAUCCAGCAACAAGCCUGCCGCUGCGGCUGCUUCCACGGGAAAGGUUGUGCUACUGACCGACCACCCCAUGUUUGCUGCGCCCACUGCUGGCGGCGGAGGAGAAAACGGCCAGGGAGAGGAGGAGCCAGAGAGCACUUUUAACCUCGGUCUCACGGACAAGCAACGCAAGGACAGGGAUGGCAUUGUCCUGCCGUACUUUGAUGCCCAGACCGAUAUUGGCGCCGGCGAGGGUGGCAGAAUCCUCUACGACAUGGGCAGAGAGGACGACUUUGACGAUGAGGAAGACGAGAUAUGA